AUGGUUGGCAGCCAUGGUGGUCUUCCAUGGUUUCCGGCCAAACCAACACCAUACAUGAAAAGCACAACAGCAAGAGGGACAGCACGUGCGACUUGGCUCGAACAAAAAACCCAACACCCACCUGUGGUGGGCUACGAUGACAGUAGCUUCAUGGGAGAACAACUACACGAUGCAACCACGACGAACCCCAACGGCCGCAACCACGACCGACUUCUCUCACGACCACAGGGCCGGUUCCUAUGGUCUUUUCUCGGCUACAACAACGUUCGGAGGCAGGAACUGGAAAAAGGAUACGACGGCCCAUUGCUUCGAAGGCACCGGACAACAGCGGCGGUUUCACAUCGGCAGCAGCUAUCGUCAACGGCGGCGACGUUGGCUGAAGCGGAGAAGGAAGAAAAGUAG